GGCUCCGCUCAGAGCCCCCUCUCGGCGGCCGGCCCGAGCUCGCGCGCGCCGCCGGGGCACUGACUCAGUCGCAGCCCAGUCGCUGCCCGCCGAGCCGGGCCUGGGCAGCGGCCCCCGCGUCCCCUGCGACCCGGCCGGGCCAGGGCCCCGCGAGCGCACGGGACGGCCCUCGCCAGACUCUUCACCUAUUAAAUGGAGAGCGGUGGACUAGAUCCGUGUUUCAAAGUAUGAUCCAAGGAGCCCAAGAAGGUCUCUGGAUGCCCAGAGUGGAAAAUGCACAGCACACCCAAGAUGGUCUUACUGCUGGAUAGGCUGCUGCCAGUACAGGUGUCUGCUCUCUGAGUGAAAGCCCACUGCUCUCAUUGGCUCCCAGCUGAUGUCUGGCUACCCCUCUCUCUCCUACAGCAGCCCCAACCAGAGUGCCAGCCCACCCAGUGGCCUUUAUGAAGUGGUGACCACUCCCACCAGCAGGGGUGGAAAAUGGUACCAGUCAACCACGAGCCGGAGGAAGAGCCCGCAGUAGCUGCCGCAAGAUGGAGGAGCCUACCCCCGAGCCCGUCUAUGUCGAUGUGGACAAAGGACUGACCUUGGCCUGCUUCGUCUUCCUCUGCCUCUUCCUCGUCGUGAUGAUCAUUCGCUGUGCCAAGGUCAUCAUGGACCCUUACAGCGCCAUCCCCACAUCCACCUGGGAGGAGCAGCACCUGGAUGACUGAGAUGACAUGGCCUGCCAUCCCCAUCAGAAGAGACCUGCAGCUGUGAAGAAGCUCAAGGCUCCCUUCUCAUCACCUGCAUCCCAGCCAUGGGGCCCACUCCAACCCAGGCCACCUGGGAAAUGUGUUUCCAAAGCACUGUCACCACUGGGUGACCCCUGAAAGUGAACAAGGCCACAGCUGUUCAGGCAGCAUUCCAGGGAAUAUCCAGCUGUUUCCCCCCAUUAUGUGGGAUGCACAAAGGGACAGCUGGCAAAGGCAGUGGACCAAGAUGCAUUGGAGGCUGUAUGUAAGGGGAGGAUCUAGAGCAAGGACCUUGUGCAUUGCCUCGUGCCCAGCAGGAGCCUUCAUUUUGCAGCCUACCUCAGAGAUACCACACACUUCUGUGAAAAUCCCAUCAGCAUGGAUUUACAAUGUAAAUCGGAACCAAAUCCCAAUCAGUUAAUACCAGAUCCCAAGAGAAAAGGCAAGAGCUUGACGAUCACUUGAAGAUCUUGACACUUUAGAACUCUCAGGAGUAAACAACAGGGGACCCAAGGGCUGUGCUGCUCAAACUGUGACGAAGGACAAACAGCAUCUGCCACACUGAGGAGCUUGUUAGAAAUCCAGAAUCAUGGACUCCACUCCAGACCUGUGGGAUCAGAAUCUCUGGGAUGGGCCCAGGAAUCUGUUAGCAAGACCCACCAAGUGAUUUGUAUGCGCAUUAAAGUUUGAGAUGCACUGCCCUGGGGAUCCCGUGGUCCCAAUUAAUUCUUUCCAUCUCUAGAUUUGCUAAUAUAUCCCAUCCUAUCUCUUGACUCUUUUUCUGGUGACAAGGGGAAAUAAUAUUUCAGAAAAUUUAAAAAUCACUCCCAAUCCAAGCCUCCUGCAAAAUAGAGAUUUUCAUUGUAUGUCCAUAUGUUCCCUUCUAAUGUUUGUCCACGUGCAAGAUUUAUUUUUUUCAUAAACACUAUCAGUUACAUAAUUUAAAUCAUACUCUCUCCUAACAUUAUAUCAUAAGCAUGUUUCUGCUACCUUCUUCCUAUUUAUCACUUUAGUGGCUAUAAAACAUGCCAUCUAGUGCAUGUACAUGAUUAUCCAGACUCCUAUUUUUAAGUACUCAGAUUGCUUUCAUUUUUCCUAUUUUAUGUGUUCCAAAAGAAAAAAGAAAGCUAAAGACAGAUAUGAUGAACCCUGAGGGCUUGCUCAGGACAGUGGAGAAUAAAUAUUUAAAUUACACCGCUUCCACCUAAGAAGCACACAAGGGAGAGAGACCUGUCUAAGCAUUUGAUAAUAUUCAGGGGAGAAAAACAACUGGAGUUUCCAGCUUUUGUUGUUGCUUUAUGCUCCUAAAGAAUGGAGGAGAUGGUCCCUUGUGAUCAGAACGCCUUAACCAGUUUCUGGCUAGUUGAGAUGAAGUUUGAGGUUGCGGAUGGAGAGAUAAACUGUUUAGCAAAAGAAAGAAACAGAAUUUUUGAGGACUGGAAGCUGGCAGAGAGGAAAUGAAAAGUAUUCAGAGAGAGAGAGGCCUGUGAUGUUAGCCACAAUCCAGGACUUAAGGGAAAAUGUGACCAGAGAGAAACUUCCCACUGCCGGGAAUGGGCAAUGGAUUUUCCAGACAGUGGUGUCUAGUAGCCACUUUUCAGUUUUGCUUGUUCUGUGCUCUGCUACAGUCCCUUCAUGUUACUCCAAAUCCUCAGUAAAGUCUCACACACAAUCCACUUUGUAGCAGUGGUAUUUGGGGACAAUAAAGACAUCUGGGAGGUGGGUAAUGUGAAGGAGUGCCAUCUGAGAAGGGCCAGCUGUCCCAGGGAUAAGUGAGGUAGAAGAAAUAGGCAGAAGUAGGAAAUCAGAAUGACAGUCACUAGGAGAAAUGUGACCCCUAAGGAUGCUCAGAUAAGCUGAUAUGAGUAAUAGGACACUAGUUUUACCACCCUUGUAUAUCAUUUCCCAUCAUCUCUAUUUCAUUUUUUCCGAAUAGUUGCUCAAAUGUCUUAUUUCUUUGUUCUUAUCAAAUUGAAAGACCGGUACUCCUUAGCUUAUAAAAUUGUCCCAGAAUUCCAGAGGCUGACUUAAUCCAAAAGGGGCUGGUGUUGCUUCCAAACACCAAGUGGAGAAAAUUGCAAAGCCUAGUGUGGGGGCUGGCCCAGUGGCACAGCGGUUAAGUGCGCACAUUCUGCUUCUCUGCGGCCUGGGGUUCGCUGGUU